AUGGAGAGACAGGCGCCAGAUGGAGCAACGCGGCCAGGGGGCAAGUCACAAGUGGGAACGAGUCCUGGACGGACGGCCACGAGGGGGAGAUAUGUGCCGUCGACCCCAAAGGACACGGACGUCGGAUGGGGCGUUGUGCACCUAUAUCGAGAUGCGCAGGAAACGCCGGGCCUUUAUGAUGAUACACGUCCGAGCACCGGAUCAGACAGUGGGAAGGCAGACGCGGACGCCCAGACUUUCAACGAAGAGGAUUGUACUACUCUCUGUAUCCUCGCGGUCCCCUCAUACAUGACGCCUUCGGACCUACUGGGCUUUUGUGGCGAGCAGACACGGGAGGACGUGAGCCAUUUCCGGCUGAUCAGGACGGCGAUAUCGAACAGGUACAUGGUUCUUAUGAAGUUCAGGGAAGCCAAGGCAGCGAGGGCAUGGCAAAAAGCGUACAACGGGAAGUUGUUCAAUAGCAUGGAGUCCGAGAACUGCCACGUCGUCUUUGUCAAAUCCAUCUCCUUCCACCCCGACGAUUCGGCCUCACGCAGCCCCUCCAGCUUCCCCAACAUGCUCAACGACCCCUUCACCCCCCUCGCCACCCCCAACUCCACCGCCCCAGUCCCCACCAGCGCAUCCUCCCUAUCCACCAAGCCGCUCCCGCCACCCUCCUCCGCCGUCGAGCUCCCCAGCUGCCCCGUCUGCCUCGAGCACAUGGAUGAAACCAGCGGUCUCCUCACCAUCCUCUGCCAGCACGUCUUCCACUGCGGCUGCCUCUCCAAAUGGCGGGGCAGCGGAUGUCCUGUAUGCCGAUACACGCAAUCGGACCUCUUCCUCAACCUGCGCGGGGGCGUGCUCGCGAACGGCGAGAUGCCUGAAAACGAGUGCUCCGUGUGCAGCGCGACGUCUAAUCUGUGGAUCUGUCUCAUCUGCGGCAACACCGGGUGUGGAAGGUAUGACGAGGCGCACGCGUAUCGGCACUAUGAGGAGACGAGCCACAGCUACGCCAUGGACGUCGCGACGCAGCAUGUGUGGGACUACGCGGGGGACGGGUACGUCCACCGCCUCAUCCAGAACAAGAGCGACAAGAAGCUCAUCGAUCUGCCUGGCGCGUUUGGGAAUGCGGAUACGAGCAUGACCGGAUUGGCGGAUGAGAUGGUGCCCAGGGAGAAGAUGGAGAAUAUGGGGGUCGAGUAUACGUAUUUGCUUACGAGUCAGCUGGAUAGCCAGAGGCUGUAUUUUGAGGAGCAGCUGGAGCGCGCGGUCGAUAAGGCGAGUAAGGCGUCUGCUGCGGCGGAGGAGGCGUCGGCGCAGACGAAGGCGAUGAUGGUGGAGUUUAGGGCUAUGCAGAUCAGGCAGGAGGAGGCGAGGGGUACGAUUGCGGGUCUGGAGAAGGAAGUUGCGCGCUUGACGAGCAAGUCGGCGAAGUCGGAAGAGUUGGCGCGAAAGGUGAUGAGGGAGUGGAAGGAGGAGAAGACGAUCAAUGAGGCGCUGAUGACGAGGAUAAAGCACCUUGAGAGCAAGACUGGGGAGGUUGAGGAGAGAUGCAAGAGCCUGGCCGCGGAGAAGAGGGAGCUGGAAGAGCAGAACAGAGAUCUUAGCUUCUUCAUCAGCGGACAGGAGAAGUUGCAGGCUAUGGCUGCCGAAGAGGGGGCGCAGGUUGGGGCGGAGGAGCUGCAAGAGGGGAGAAUGGAGGUUGGUGCGGCGCCUGAGGAGAGGCGGAAGAAAAAGGGGAAGGGGAGGAAGCAGGGCUGA